AAGGUCCUUUUAGUUUUUAAAAUUCCCCGUUGAGCAGAACUUUUUCCAAAUUUAUUAUAUUUUCAUUAUUAAUAUUCUUAGAUUCUUGAUACUGGUAGCAUAUUUGAUGCCACAGAUAUUGUGAGGAGGUGAUCAUGAAUUUUGGUUUACAUCCAAACAACACCCAAGCCAAAAUAGAAGAGUUACUGCUAGUGAAUAAAAAUGGCCUCUGUGCCGACUGUGGAAUGCAACUUAGCAUUGAAACUGCAUGGGCAGUAUUGUCAUAUGGGAUAUUUGUUUGUGACGAUUGCAAACUUGUUCACAUUGAGCAAGAAAACCACUGUAAGGCGCUUGAUCAGUCCACUAAUCCAGAGAGCACAGUCACAGGAAUUCUGUCAACAAGUAUGUACCAGCGUUGGGAAGAAAAAGAUUUCGAGCAGAUGCGAAUUCAUGGAAAUGAAAAAGUCAAUCAAAAAUUACUCAGCAAUGUUCCAGCAUGGCAAUAUAGGCCAACUGCCAGUGAUGGCAUAAAACACAAAGAAUACUGGAUCAAUUAUAAAUAUGGAAAAGGUUCUGGUGUCGGAGAAGAAAUUCCCAAAACUGCUGGAAAAUCUUUUAUCGGAAUUCAAUUCGCCAGACCUAUGCCAAAAGGUAGUUUUCCAUGCUGCGCCGUUCUUCAGAAUGAUAAACUCUACUUGACGUCCGAUGCUAAAAAUGAAGAAAUUCACAUCGAGAAUAUUGAAACAGUCUUGUUCAAUUCAAAACGCAUAGGAAGAGAAAAUGGCGUCCAAUUAACUUAUCGAACAAGCAGUGCCAGCACUGGUGGGAAACAACAUGCCAAUGGUAUCACUUACACCUAUCUUCAGCAUGAAAACAUGGAAACUGUGUUAGAUUGGAUAAAUUUGAUCCUUUACACUAAGUUCAAUCUACUGCAAGGAAAGUUUCCAAACUAUUCUAUAGAUGAAGUGGCCAAAAUGCUUAAUUGUGUGACUGUGAAGGAGUCUUACAUGUCCGCAGCAAGUCACGGAUUGAUUUAUGUCAGUUUGAGUGAAGCUCGUAUCGCUUGUUUUCAACAUCAUCUUGACGAACAGCCGCUCUUUCAUUUGCCAGUUUCAAAGGCUCUCAAACUUUCAGGAGCUCAAUACCUAGAAGCUCUAGCUCAAUUUUUCGGAAUGGAUGUCAGCAAGCUUUAUGGAUACGAAGAAUGGAAUAAAUGUAUCGAACAUGCUCUGAGUUUAGAUAAACUUGCUUAUUUAGCUGACGAACUUGCCAAACCUAUCAAUUCUCAAUAUUUGGCAAAACCGAAACCAGUCGUUGAAACAGCUCCGGCUUUUGAGAAAAAAACAGUUCCAGCAGAAAAACCCAUAGCAUUGUCUCCUGUCGAUGAAAAACUGAAAAUGGUUAACAAUGCAACCGAUAUUAACAAAGCAAUUAAAGAUGAAAGAGGAAAUGAAAAAACUGAAGAGAAAUCUGCUAAAAGUUUUGACUGUUAUCCACCAAUUGGGCCUAUGGGUGAAAUGGGGAAAGUUGCCAGAGGAGAAUUGCCACCAGAAGCCAUAAAGCCUGGUCCACCAAAAAUUGACCAGAACAGAGUCCAAAUGUAUGGAUUGCCUCCACAAAUGCAUCCAACUGUUUCGACUCCACCUCUCAGUCACUCGAUGAUGGGAUCUCAGAGCAUAACUCCCAUGACGUCAAUGAAUCAUCACAUGCCACAGUCUCGUGCCACUAACGUGGAUUGUUAUCCCCCCAUUUCUGGACCGAUUCGUGAUAUGUCCGAUGUGUUCCACCCACUGCCUCGUAUGCCGCAAGAUGAUGGAUAUCCAGUUAUUGAUGAGUUCAAACCAGUAAAUAGUGGCUAUAAAACUCAGGAUCGAACUUAUAAACCAAGAAUGUCAAUGUUCGGUGAACCUGAUCUCGGACAUUUUGGAAGAAUGACUGGCAAUAAUGGCGUACAAUCACCAACUGAUUUACAAAACGCUCAACAUUUUGGUCUGGGAAGAUCUGCAUCCUGGACUAAUUCUGUGUCUGGACGCACUAUGGAACAACAGUGGCAAAUGAAAGCUGCCGAACAAUAUUUUCAACAACAGCAACAGCAGCAACAACAAAAGUCGAUGCCUUAUCGUAUUGGCCCUUCUCCCACUGGCCAGGAACAAGUUAUCAUGGAAAAUUUGCAACGAGAAUGGGCAAAUGCUGAACGUAGACUUCUUGCGCUUAUACACAACGGCUAUGUUCCAGCCUCUGAUAUGGCUUCAGCAGGUUUAGAUGCCAACAGUCUUGAUCACGCUCAAACCUGCAUCUCGGAACUAUUUGAUCUUCUGUGGAAAAAUCGUUACGACCUCGCUUUAUCAUUUUUGCGUGGAUUUCGUGAAGUUUUCUCCAGAUCGGCAUUGACUGAAAUUCGUAACCAAUUUAUAGGAGUUGGCGAACUUGACACAAUGAAACAAAUAUUCUUACAACAAGGACGAGAGAAAUUCCGAAGAUCUCGUAACACCAGCUCCGUAACUUGGAAACAACCCUUGAACAACAACAACGACUUAGAUAGAUCGUGGAAUACUGCACCAGCAUUGGUGCAAAGAGAACCAUCCACUGACUUUACCCCAUGGGGUUUACCUGAUCUGCCCAGCUUAACCUCUACCAAUGUAUGGGGUUCUACACCUGUCACCCCGACCGCUAAUCUCACUUCUCUAUCGUCUGACCCAUGGAACACGGCUGGGAUUGUAACUGCCAAUCCACAAGGUAACAUUAUGGGGGGAUCCAAUGGUGCUCGAUCAUUCAACCGUGCCCCCUCUCGUCCCAUAUCUCAGAGCAGGAGUAGCUUCAGUGAGACCUCGCCUACUGAGGGGUCAUUCGAGUCCAAGACAUCGUCUAACUCGGCUUCGCCUGGAGUCAUUACACCUCCUGCAUCUCUCGACGUUGGAAUGCCAAUGUCUACUACACUCACUGGAAUCGAAACAACUCUCAAGAAUUUGUUUCUCAACUCGAGUGCCAGUGGCAGCACACUGUGGAAUUGAUGGGAUUAUAAUAUACUUUUAGUUACAUCUGUACUGUAGUGAGACAUCGAGUACACUGACUUGACCGUAUGAACUUCCGAACACUGUACUGUCUGUUUCUCGCAACUUUAAUAAUAAUAAUAAUGAUAAUAUAUCAGUCUUCAUACACUACUUUUCAUCGGCCAAAGUUGCAGUGUUGCUAAUAAUACCACACUGGGUCUUUUGCAAUGUUCAUUUUCACUUAUCUAUCUAUCUUAUCUUAAUAUUAACUAUUGCUCUUGUGUUUUUUGCCAUUGAUUGCUUAAUCGUGUACGCAGAAGCAUAUUUUCGCUUUAAUGUAUUGUACAAUCAUUAUUUUGUCGGCCCGAAAUUUUACAAAGACAAUUUAUGUCAUACAUAACAAAAGAUUACUGAUCACUGACAAAGUGCCGCGGCCUCAGGUCGCAGCAUUUUUAUCGUGAAAGCACACACAUUUUGCACAAAUUCAUACUUUUUCUGUCGCUGGGAUUAUCUCGUCGAUUUGAACGGAACGAACGAUUGAAUACUCAGCAAUUUUUGAGGCUGCAUUUUUAUCAUCGAGCCACCUUUACCUCAACUGUGGUCUUUUUUUUGCUGUGAAUAUUUUGUCGUGUAACUACACUAUAAAAGUACUCGAGUUCAUGUCAAAGCGUACAUGGCCUCGAACCGAACGAGGGUGAUAGUUCUGACGUUAUCCCUCUUCUUACCAAACCACCAUUCCGAUUACAUCUUUUUAUAUGUUAUGUAAUUUUGCCGGAUUAAAAUAACAAUGUUCUUGUUCUAAACAUCACAUAAUAUUUUAAAGUGUUAUUUGUACCAAAGUCUUGCAGUGCACAGUUAUUCCAUGUUCCAAUUCUAUAUUGAACCUUGCAAUUCUGUAAGGUGCAUGCAAAGUUUUAUUUUUUAUUUUAAUUUUUUCUUCUUAUUAUUAUUCUAAAAUACUUCUUCGGUGACUUUUUAACCUACCUGCAUGAAGAGCAAUUGUUUGUGUCCCUUAUAUUACUUCGUUUAUCUUGUUUGUUAGUUCCUUGCCACUUUUUUUAUGUUGCAAAUAUCAGCGAGGUCUCGUGCACAAAAAAAAUAAUAAAAAAAAACAAAACAAAAAAAUAUAAAAAAAAUUUAAAAAAUGGCCGCCGGCGUUUUUGUGACAUCGGUGGUCAACAAAAAAAAUUUAAAAAUGCGAUUUGUGCAAUCCUGAUUCGCGUAGUUGUCUAUUUGAUAUUUUGCAGAACAAAAUUAUUCAUCAUUUUUUAUCUAAUUUGAAAAAAAAUGUCUCAACAAGUGUAGUAAUAUCUUCCUCUUCUUGCAUAUUAUCUCCCGUCUUCACCCUUGUGCCUUAACAAUCAUUCUUACUGAGUAUAAUACAUUUCGCUGUCGUUAACGUGUCACGUCUACCCAGCGCAACGGAAUCAUAUGUUAGCCAUAUUUCUCGUUCUGUGCGUCGAUUUUUCGCACGCACUGUGAACGUUUGUCGAGGUGGGCAACGAAAAGCCUACUCUGUGGCAACGAAACUGCGAUUGCUGUCAUCUUAAAAGUAUUAUUAUAUUCUAGGUGCAUAAUUUACCACUGUUUAAUGUGUUAAUAGCAGUUACCAGGACGUUACCAUUCGUAAACGGGGUCACGAAUUAAUCCGUUUUUUUUUUUUGAUUUUUUGAGCUUUUUCAAGUGUACGAAUUUAUAUUUUUAGCUACACUCUCCGUUGCAAAAAGUCUUAUUUUGAAAAAUAGAAAUCUGUUGUUUCAUUGCAUAGUUCAAACAAUACAGCAUAUUCGAUUAAAAAAAAAAAAUUAUGAGAAGAAUCGUGGAGCAUCAAGCUUCAAAAAAUACUGUUCAAUUUAUUUGAAUUGAAAACUAUUUAAAAAAAUUUAAUAUAAUUUUCUAAUGGAUAUUGCUCCUAAUUGUUAGUUCCCGAUUAGAUUGCCAAAAUAAUUAAAUUUUUAAUAAGUGUUAAAAUUUAACAAAAGUAUUGCUUAACAUUUACUACCCCCUGCAUUUGAUUAGAAUGGGAUAUCGCUAUCAUUUUCUGUGUGCAUUAAACAUUAUGUCUUUACCAUUACACCAAAUAAAUUUUUAUCACUAAUGAGUUGAAAUUAUUCUGUAUUUUCAUGAUUUUAAUAUUUUCCAGAAUCGGAUUAAUUUGUGACCUUGGUUUUACUCGUGAAAUUAGAAAUCUCAAGUUUUUCAUUAAAAAAAAAACGGUAUUUUUCAAGUCGUCAUUGUACUUGUGCAUUCUUAAAAAGUGCUAUUUCUCCGCUUUACUAUUCCUAUUUACACAGUGUCUUUCUUAUGUAUGUGAGAGAUUAACUACUACCAGAGCCAAAUUGCCUUCCUAUAUUGCAUUGUUUGCCAUUUCUUUUUGUCACUGUUCAGCGUAAAGGUGUGAUUGAUAUGUCACGCAAGCAAUCGUCCUACUGCUCACAGGAUCAAAUAAAUAAAAAAUCCAAUUUUCAAAAAAAAAAAUUAAAAAAAAAAGUUUCGCACUUCAUAAAACCGUAGUUCCUCCGCUGUCCAAACAUGUUGAAUUAAUACUAACUUCGCAGUUUUAUUUGUUUUUUAUUUUCUAUUUGAGACAACAUGCAAUUUUUUGUCUAUCUAAAGGAUUUGUUUCUCCAUUUUCAAUAGUCGAUAUACAUCGUCAGACACACAGACAAAUAUGGUCAAUAUACAUCGCCAGACACACAGACAAAUACAAACACACAUACAGACUCAAGUUAAAAAUUAUCAUCUGCAAUCAGAUUUUCAAUCAAAAAAAUUAUGAUAAAAAGACUGGUACAAUAUAGGCCUAUAUAUAUAUCAUGUUUGCAACUCCCAGAAUAUAAAAUUCUGUACGUUUGACGUCAUUUACACAUAUAUCUAUAUUCAAUUAUGACAUCACACUCAUAGGUUAUAAAAUUGAUGACAAAAAUUUUGGGAACUCAAUCGAACAUAUAGAUAGAAUAUUUUUGUUAGUAAUCUGUAUUUUUUUAUUGCAUGUAUAAUUAAACUUAGUUAAAGAGUCUUUUCUGGUUCUUCCUAUGCCCUUUAUAUUAUAUGGUACAAACGAAAAUAAGUGCUCUACGUCGUCAACGAAAUAGUCAACAUAUAAACCCCAGACAAAAUUUGUCUGAGCGUGACUACGAACAAAAAGGUUAUUCUUUACCAGCUUGUAACGCUGAAAAUCGAAAAAAUUUUACAAGCUUACAUUUUGUUCCUAGGUAUUAUUAAUGUUCAAAUUUUGUUUGGGGGAUUGAUAUAAAACUUUGAUUAAAGAAUACCGUGAUAAUAUUGAUAUUACAUCGAUAUCUGUUUUUUCGGCUCUUAAGUGUUAUACGAAUUGUCGAAUAUUACCUACUACUACUACAUAGUUUCGUUUCUACGGCUUGGCAGCAUAUACGAGUUUGCGAUUUUAUAUUUUUAUGCUGAUUUUAACCAUAUUUGAGGCCACAUGUAGUGGCAUGACCUUUGACACUAGUGAUAACUAUUUUUAUGCAUUAUUUUUCAAAGUUUGCUAAACUACUAAAUGUGCGAAGCUUAGUUGUUGAACUAAUAUCUACCGUACCAUGUUGACGUGCAUUUUACUCUCACUCACCGUGAUUUUCGCGGUAAUGUCGCUUUUGUUUAGUCACAAAAACUUCAUUUUUUAUCGACGGGAAUUGUUUUGUUUUUCCUUCUUUUUUUGUUUGUUUUUUUUUUGUUCAUUUUCAAAUACGCUUCAGUUAUUUACGUUCAUUGUAUAAUAGUCAAUUUGUGCAAUCAUCGUUUGUUGCACAAAGUAUAAAUAUAAAAAGACUUGCAAAUUGAACUGCAAUUUUAUGUAUAUUCAAGCUUUUUACUGCAUUGAAUAUAUGUGUUAAUUGCAGCUCAUUUUACAGAAUAAAAAAAAUUAUAGCUGCGGCUGGUUGUUCUUUCAUCGAACUGAAAAAAAAAAAAUUGACUAAUCACGAUAAGUCAGUGUGCUUCCUUUCGCAGCAGAGAACGUGUGCCAAAGUUUCUAUGCACAAAUUUCUUUGCUGUGCAUUACUACGGCCCAAGAUUGAAUUUAUCAUCGAAACUCGCUUCUCGAAACUAGUGUUGUAAAACGGAGGCGGCGUUUCGACGAUAAAUUUCAAAUCACGGGCAUUUUUUAUGCAUACAUACUAUUCUUUAUAUUCAAUAGUUUAACCUUGUUACUCAGGCUUUGCUAUUGUUCAUUCAAUAUCACCGUAUCUUUAUCCGCUUAAGACAGCCACAAUUAUUCUCCUAUAAUCCCUUAUUAUGUCAAUUAUAUUUCAUUGUUGUUUAAUUGAUUCAAAGAUAAUUAAUAAUUAAAAAAAUGCAAUAAUAUCUCUGCGGUAGUAGGUUAUUUCAACAAAUAAUACAUUCAUGAACAAUCUCUUGUUGUAUUGCUGUUAAUUGAUUUGAUUUACUCCAAUUUAUUUUUAUUGUUACCAUGACAACUAUGUGCAUUGUGAACACAUUAUAAUAUCCAUCACGAAACCGAUUUUUUUCCCUUGUUUUUAGACGUAAAAAAUUUCACAAAAACAUAUGAAAAUUUUGAAAAAAAUACAUAAAAUUGGGUAAAAUUGAACGCUUUUUUACUUUAAAAAAAUGAUCUUGCUAUUUUUUGCCAAGUAUGAUCAAACAUCGUUCGUAGAUAAAUUCAAAUACUGCCAAUCGAUUAAUCACAUUAAUUUAUUCUAACAGUUUAAUAAAUAUUUCAUAUGGGUGUAUGUAUAUUAUUAAAUUUUGAUAUUAUUUCAGUGCGAUUGUUUUGACUCUAAUAUGCAAUCAAAUUAGUCUGGUGGAAUUUAUGAUCAUUGUUCAAAGGGUUUCAAUCUAAAAUACGUGCUUCAUUUAGUUCUGUAUUAUUAUCUACAGGUAAUUAUUAUUCAUCACAUAUAAAAAAAAAAUGGAAAUUUUAGGAGAUGUUUUGCAGUAUUUUUGCCUCCUUAUAUGAUAACACUGUUUUCAAAUACUCCGGGUCUCUGCUUUGCUACAAAAAUCUUAUAUUAAAAUAAAUAAUGAUAAUAUACAAAACAAAAAAAUGCAAAAAAUUCAAUCUCUCUUUUUGUUUUUCAGUGUUUUUCAUUUGAUUCAAAAUGGACUAUGCAUUUAACUUUUUUUAACUGUAGUCCAAUAUACCCACCAGUUAUUGUAUUGUAUGUAUAUUUUUUAUCAUUGCAUAUAUUAAUACGUUGUUUUGGUAUUCAAUGUGUGAAAUGCUGUACUACUUUGAAUAAUGGGAGCAAUGAAUUACUGUGAACAGACUUCUUCGUCGUUGUAGAUUAUUAUUAUGUUAGAAAAAAUACUCGGAUUGUUAACUGCCGAGCUCUUUGUUUUUUCUUCAAACGUAAAAGGCUGGAGUGUCAGCGCUGUGGAUUGGUUGUUUAAUCUUGGUAUAGUUUUUUUUUUAAAUUAGACUCGAUUCUGAUAAUGGGGUGAACACAUAAUAUCCAUCACGAAACCGAUUUUUUUCCCUUGUUUUUAGACGUAAAAAAUUUCACAAAAACAUAUGAAAAUUUUGAAAAAAAUACAUGGGGUAUUUAAACAGAAUUCAGAUAAUUUGUAAAAUCGUCUUUGUAGUUAUAGAAAGUUAAAUCAUUUUUACGCAUAUUUGUGAAAUAUUUCGUAUACGAAUAGUAUACAUUAUAACCUAAAUUCAUCCAUUUUUACAGAAAAUCGCGACUGUUGCUAAAUUUUUGUAAAAAUCAUAAUUUUGCUACCAAAAGUAAGAUCAAAGGAGAUCUAAUUUUUUUUCGAAAAAAUCAAUAUUGUUCAAAUUUAAUUAUCUGGGGAAUUUCUAUAUUCCAAGUAUCAGUCAGUCAAUCUGUGUAGUAUUUCCCUAUUAUUCAUCCACCUAUUUGUGUGUGUGGAUGUUCGAUCCCCUUCCAAUUCACUAAUCCACGGGCGUUGCCACCAGCCAUCUACAAUAUUUUUGAUAACCAGGAACAUGAAAAUUUUUUACCAUUAUCACUGCAGCAGUUGCGUCAUCAUAUUUUGUUUUUGAAGUUUCUAUUCUUAUUUUUGUACUUUUAUUUGCUGCAUGGCGAACUGCACAAUGACAAUAAGUUUUCUUCCUGCAACCUUGCGCACCUUGCCCUGAUAUACAAGUGUGUACCUAACUUCUAUAUUGUCUAUUAGACUGUCACCGUCUGUCUCUAAUAUCACUGUUUUAAAAUUUAAGACUAGAUAUUAUUUUGCUGCAUUAUAACAUAUUCCAUAGCGAUCGUAGAUCUGCGUCAAGUGGAUCAUGUUGCACCGUCAUCAAAAGCCAAAAACAGAUUAUUAUGCAGUAUUUUUGCUGCUGCUGCUAAAAGUUUCUUCAAAUGAAAUUCCAUGUUUUUUGUUGUUUUGUUUUUUCUUCAAACCAUCUUCAAAGAACAACAUGUUCAAAGCCUGCUUUGCCUUUUUUAUAGCCGUUCCGAUGAACUUUGAAAAAAAUAUCGUUGGGCUGCCUCUGGUAAAGCACAAGAAUCUUAUUUCGACAGGUGUCUUUUUGAUUACUCUGUCUUCAAAUAUCGUAAACAAAUUAUGAGAAUACAAUAAAAUAUAUUAUUAUUAUAAUAUUUAAACUUCAGUCAAAAACAGUAGUAUAAAAUAAAUCUUUUUCUCUGCACUCGUAAGCACUUUACUCUACUUCAUGUCUGAUAUAGAGAUCUCGUACUUAUCGCUUAGAUCUCAAUCUCCAUCAUCUGUUAGAAUAUUUGUGCAAUAUUAUACCGACUAAGUUGUAUUUUUGUCAUGAAAAAACAAAAAUUGGGUGGAGUGUUGGCUGUGGGUACGGUUUACUACGUUUACAUACUGGUAAACAUUGGUUGUCUCCGUUUUUUUUUUCUAUUUUAUAUAAAUAAUUGAUUGUAUUUUUUUUUUCAUUUUCUGUUAUGACAAUUGUUCUUUUCAAUGCAUAAUGCUACAUUCAAGUAAUUACCAAUUUUGGGAGUGGUAAAGAAUUGGGGGAACUUUUUUUUCCUAGAUAUGUAAUACACCUUAUAGCGAUCAAGCUUUUUUUAUAUCGUUUGAUUCGCGGUACUAUUUUAUUUAUUUUUGUUGCUGUUGGCACUUUGUGUGUUUCGCUCUGUAGCAAGUCUGCUUUUUUACCAUAAUCCGAUUUUUUUUUGGCGGCAAAGCGUCAAAUGAUCGACAUUUUAAAAUAUGACUAGUCAAUUAUUUUAAAACAUGAUUUGGCAAAUUUGUCCGCCAUUUUUUUAAGAGAUUGUCAAGUGUGGAACAUAAAAAACCUACGGUAUUUUAAUACUGCGUAUUGGAUGUAAACCAGUCCCUUUAUUGGCAAUAGCUGUUCAUUUUCAACAGUUCUGAUACUUUUAAUUUGUUUGUUUUUGUAUAUUACUGAAUCUGGAAAGCAUUUUGUUUUUAAAAAGCACAAUCGAUGUGGCUGUUAUUUGUACAUAGUAGUGUAUCUAGUCAUACCUUAUAAACUUGAUAUUCUGCGUUUUGGUUCAUUUUAGUUUGUGGCGUUGCAUUAUUUAGCAUAUCAUACCAAUUGUGUAUAUAGUAUGGGUAAUUGAAAAAAAAUUAAUAAAAUUGUACAGAAAA